AUGCCCCUCCCCCACGCCAGCAAGCCCAGCAGUCCCCGCCCCAACACCAAACCGCGGAGACCACCCCCUCAGCAGCAGCUGAAACAGAAAAUAUGGCCAGCACCUCAGCCAACAAAGCAACACAAGGCUACCUUCCAGUGCGUCCCGCCCCCUCCAACCCACAGCAACGCGCGGAACGCCAAACGCGGCGACCAGAGGCGGCGUCACAGCCGCAGCCCGCUGCUGCGGUCGUCGCGCCCGUCCCCGCAGAAACCACACCAGCAGGAUCAGAUAUUUAGAGACGACCGUCUAUUCUCUGAUCUUGUCAGCCGCCAGCAACUAGCGACCACGUGGGCACGGACGACUCGGCCCCGACAGCCUGCUCAGCCGGCCAUCGAGCCCGUCCCACCCACCACGACUGCCCCUCCAGGGUUCACGCAGACUGACGACCCAGACAUCCCACACGACUUUCGAGAGCUCUCUGCCACGGAACUCUUCGUUCUGGAGGACAGACUAGCACACCACAAAGACUAUCCAGGCCGUGAACUUGACCAAAGACUUGACCAGGCCCCACGAGAGCUUCAGGUGUUGACGCACGUUUUGCCGCGCGCGGCCACACAAGAGCCGAUCGUUCCGCCGGGAGCCCCGACGGUCGCAACAGCUCAAGAUGGUGUUGCAUCGACGGAGGCGGCCCCGAGUGGUGUUGCGCCACCGCACCUGGCUAUCGAAGAAGCCAGUGAGCCGCUGGUCGCCCCAACGGACGAUCCCAGUCAAGCAGCCGUUAGCGCGCCAGUUCCUGCCGCGCAAGGACUGACUGUCCGUUGCAGCAAAGAUCGCACAAGGCCUUCAACCACUCCAGGCUCCCUGGAAAUACCCGAAGCCAACCUGGAAGCACUGCUAUUGGCGGAAACGACAAUGGAAGUGCAAACGGCGUCAAGGAAACGGCCGGCCACCUCCGACAGUGACGACCAGACAGAGACCACUGUACCUAACAGACGACAAUAA